AUGUUCACACUCGGUAGUGCGGGACGCCAUAGUCAUGCAUGCAGCCGGCAUAAGCAUUUAGGCAUAAUGAGCAGCCACGCUUUUCUGUACUAUGAAGCGGAGCUGUACGAGACACCCACUUGCAGGGAUGUUUGUCGACUGUUUAGAUACCAGGAAGCCAAGAGGAGAAGCGAUUACCAGUUUCGUAUGAACCAGGGUCGUGACUGGCAUCCGCUGGCGACACUCCGCAUCACCGAGCCUACCAAUGGAACCAGCGGCGCCUCAUCGUCGACGGCAGCGUACAAGUACGACUACAAUGUGGAGGACGUCUACGUGGACCCGGACCAGGCUCCCGACGUGUGGGCCGAGUUCCUCCGGACGCGAAUAGCCCGGCGGCGCGGACUGUAUGAGGGGCUCGACCCACCCAGUCAGCAGCACAUCCGCAAGGAGGUGCAGCGCAUCCAGUACUUCCGCGCACACUUCAAGGACUACCGGGUGUUCCCGAAGGACAGCCUGCCGCUGGUGGCACUGCUGGACGACUCGCGCACCAAGUGGCGCGACAUCGCGCAGCGGCGGGCGGCCGACGAGCUGGCCAGGGUGCAGCGGGAGAUUGACAGGUACGGCGAGGCCCCGAUGCUGCUGCGCAACCGCGACAUCCUGCUGCAGGUGCAGGACUGGAAGUCCAAGGACUAUGCGGCCGCGCGGGACGCCAUGAGCCCCGGGGGUUACAUGGACGGCCUCGGUAGCGAGGGUGAGGUGGCCGCGAGCACCACCGACGACCCCAAGAAGCCCGACUACGGGUACAACGGGUGGGUGGCCGUGUGGGACAAGGGCAAGGGCCGCGUGUCCAUCGACCACCCGCUCGUCAUGGGGUCGUUCCCCCACCAGAAGAUUUCGAUCCAGCAGUUCCUCUACAACAAGGAGAACACGCCGCUCCGCCGCUCCCCGCGCAAGGACCGCCUGCGCUACUUCCACCUACCCGCCAACAACAUGCGCUGGGUCGAGGAGGCCAUGUCCCGAUACUACGGUGAGGACGGCGUCAACUUUGACGGGAAGAACGCCCACGCCCUCAAGCACAACUCGCAGCGUCUCCUGAGGAACGAGCUGUGGCGCGGCCAGCAGCGCGGGGGCAAGGGGCUUCCCGUGCAUGCUAGACAAAUCGGGGCGCGGUGCUCUGUUGUGCCCUCGGCGCCGCCCGAGCACAAGAGUCGUCGCGAAACGCCUUCUUCCUCCAAGGACGUCAUCAUCUUUAUGCCGUACCUUCAUUGGGAAGUGGAGAAACGUCUUCAGCGGAUGAACCAGUUCAUCCAGAUGGCCAAGUCGCGCAAGGAGCGCGAGGACCGUCUCCGCCGCGUCAGCACGACGGGACACAGGGGCCAUAUGGCCAACGUCGCGCAGAAAAAGGUGGCGCAGAAUAUGCAACACCAGGCCCCCAGGCUCAUGACGGGCUUUGAGGAGACAGAACCCAUCGCCGCCUUUGGCAGCCAGAGGUGGCGGCCUCAGACACCGCUAGCAAAGUACAUCUGGCACGCGGCAAAGCUGCACCAGAUCAUUGACGAGGCCGCCGACGGCAGGCUGAUCGAGGACCACCUCUACUCGACGCCCCCGCUUCACAUGCGCAGGACCCUGGAGCAGUUCUACUACUGGACCGCCGAGGACACCAAGCACAGGGACAGGGAGCAGAUUACCUGCCGGGCCACCAAGCAUCACGGCGACGAUCCGGACCCGGAGGCCACGUCGCGUCUAGUCAUGGUAGACCAGCUAUGGUUAUGGAUCCUGGAUGACAAUACCGUCAUUUCCAGCUUCCCCAGGAGGUGGGGUCGCAACAAGCCCGAUCCGUCUGCCGUCCAUCGUGGCAUCCGAGAUCGCAUAGGGUCCCUCGACGAUGACGAGAUCCAGAGCGUCUACGACAUUGCCUUUAUUGUGAUUGAUGAGUGCUCCAAGGUCUUCUUUGACCAGACGAAGCCUCUCGACCAGCGUCCCGAGGUUGUGGACCUGUUUAGCUCUGCCAUAUCCCAGAUUGCCGAGAACAAGACGAUUGCGUACGAGGGGUUCGGCCGCGACGUCAGCCGCAUCAGCAUCGAUCACUUCCAGUCAGCCGAGCACCUCCUCCGCAGGUCCCUCAACAUCGGCUUCGAGUGGGCCAUCCUCGCCGAGGCCCAGCAGGUCAUUGACGAGCUGCAGAUCAUGCAGGAGAUCUUCACCCAGCAGAUGUCCGUCAUGCGAGAUCUAGGUAGGGCCCUCAACUCCCUGACCAACCGCACCUUCCACCCUGCGGAUGACGGUCAGGCCCUGGAGGAUCACCUCAAGGCCUGCGAGGACAUCGAGUCGGUCAUCACCGACAUGGAUCAGAGAAGGGAGGAGCUGGCCAGCAUGGAGAGGCUGCAGACGAAAACUCGUGCUCAGGUGCGCGAACUUCUCGACAUGAAGCAGCAGCAAGCCAACAUCAUCGAGGCCAAAGCUGCUAUCCGGCGUGCAGACGAAUCUGUCCUCCAGGGGCGAUCCAUUGUCGUGUUCACCGUCGUGACUAUCUUCUUCCUCCCCCUAUCCUUUGUCAGCUCUGUCUUUGGCAUGAAUGCGAUCGAACUCAGCAACGACGGUCUCACGCCCCUCAGCACGCAGUUUAAAUACAUGUUCGGCAUCUCCGCCGCCGUCAUCAUCCUCUCUCUAUCCAUCGCAUUCAGCGAGUGGAUCCGCACCGCCAUCUCCGUCACCUUCAGCCUAGUCUACAUCUCGGUGCAGGACCGGAUGGGCUGGCGCAACAGGAGGAUGCGGUACGACUCGACGAGCAUGCGCAACCUGCAGCGUGAGAGGAUGAAGCAGCUCGAGAGCCGGGAGCGGGAACGCCGCCUGACCGAGAUCAACCAGCGCACCCAGACGCUGCAGGCCAUGCAGCAUCAGCAGGAGCAGCAGGAGCGCUCUACGUGGGACGUCAGGCGGCUGGGCGAGAGGGGGUUCUUCGGUCUGCGGAGGAAGAAGCCCAUAUCGAAUGGACAAGCCGUGGCUGUCGUAUGA